UGAGGUAAACAUGAGUAAGAGUGGUGGAGCGGGCUGUGUUUCGGAAAUUGUUCCUUUUAAAAGCUGUGUUAUCGCGAAUCCAUUUUCUAAUGAAAUUCUACACAUCCUUUGUUGCCGACUGCAAUACAGCAAAGUACCCCCCUUGGAGCCCAGGCUGUUGCUGCUAAUACAAGGUCCCUGAUGAAUGAUGGAGGAGCAGUUGUACUUCUGCAAAUGGAAAGGUCGGCAGUGGCCGGCUAAGAUUGUAAAGGAAGUUGCUUGCAACUCCAGAAGAAAGAAAAAUGUUGAAGUGGAAAUAUUGGGUGAAAAGAAAAGGGUGUGGGUGCAGCAGGGGCACAUCUUGCCAGUAACAAAGCAGAGGAUUGAGGAUGUGGCUCUCCAGCUGGCUGGUCAAAGUGCUGUCGAAGUGAAAGAUCCUGUAGAAGAGCUGAAGUAUCGGAAGGUGUUGCGCAUGGUAAUCAACCUUUUACAUAUGACAGAUGAGCCAGCUUUGUCCACAUCAGCAUCCCCACGGAGGUCUUUGCGGCUUUGUUCCAGCCCACUCCCAGCUUCCCCUUCAUCAGCCAUAACAUCAAGGGUCAAAUGUAAGGACAAUGAGAAGGCAAGUGAUGUGGGAAAACUUGCUCCUUGCACUUCCCGGAAGAAUAAAGGGUUGUUAUUGCAGGACUCUUUGAGCAAGCAUGAGGUGGUAUCGGGCCGGCUCAGGAAAAGAGACCAGUUGACACAAAGUGCCUUAUCUGCAGAAACUGUCCAAAAUGCUCAUCCAGUGUCACCUUCAAGUCCAGUUCAACCAAGAAAAAGAACUAGCGGCAAAAUGAAGGCCACUGGUGAAUCUUUUUCAUCGGAGAGUAUUUCAAGCGAACAUUGCUUAUGGCCUAAACGUGGCCCAGCGGACAUAUCUAGAAGCCCUGAAAGGACAAAGAGCCAGUCAGAUCAGGGAGCCAAGUCCUUGCCAAAGCCGACUUUUACCUCCAUGCCAAACAUGGACCCUCACAGUCUGUCCCCUGGCUCAUCAAACACAGGAACAUCUAGCAGUCCUAAGAGGAGGAAGAAGCAGUCAGGACCCCAGCAUCCGACCACAGGGGCACAGCAAAAUGAGGAGGGGAUCACUGAGGAAUGUGCUGAUAGAGGAGAUUUGGACAAGUUAACCAGACAUGAUGGCAAAGGCCUAAUGACACUUCGUAAUUUAAAAGCUGUGAAACUGCCAAAAGGAUACGAGGGCAGAAAAACUCCAUCCAAAACUAAUCUCAGAAAAGACAGAGAUUCUAGUAGAAAAAUGCUGGUAGAAAAUGCAGGAGGCUCCAGUGUAAUGUUGUCACCCUCCACAAGGUCCAGGUCCAAAAACUGUAUAAUGUUGGGCAACAGUCUCUCCUCCCUCACCAGCUAUGACUCCACUCCCUGUAGGAGUACACCAGUUACGAGCAAACAAAGAGUCAAGCCCUUGUCAAAGCGGACUUUUACUGUGUCAGGCAUAGAUUCUCACAGUUUGUCCUCUUCCUCAUUUGACCUGGCCACACCUAGCAGCCCUAAAAGGACAAGGGGCCAAUCAGAUCCUCAGUGUCCAACUGUAGCUACACAGCAGAGUGACAACGGGAACACUAAGGAAAGUGCUGAUGGCGGGGAUAUAGACAAGCUGGCUCGAUGCAGUGCUAAAGACCUAACGCCACCUGGUAAUUCAAAAACUGUGAAAUUACCAAAGGGGGUCCAGAAGAAAAAAACCCCCACCAAAACCAGUCUCAAAAAGAACCAAGAUUCCAGUAUGGAAAUGCUGGUAGAUGAGGCGGGAGUGCCCAGUGCAAAGUCAUCACCUUCCACAAGGUCCAAAAAUAGUGUAAUGUUGGAUAACAGUUCCUCCUGCCUCACUAGCUCUGAUCUCAGUCCCUGUGUGAACACGCUGAUUUCGGGCAAGCGGAGAUCCAGGUCCUUGCCAAAGCCCACUUUCACCUCUACGCCGCAUGCAGAGCCUCACGAUCAGUCCUCCACUUUUGACCUUGGAACACCACAGCGCAAGGUGAUCAGAACGACACGCAAGUUGUUCAGAUCCUCUGAACUGACAAAACAGCUUCCAUCAGAAGCAGUGCCAAUUGAAAGGAAAGGCCAUAACCGAGGCAGGCGGAGAAAGGCACAGGCAGUAGGAGAGGAGCGAUCUUUUAAAGACGAGGACCAGGAGCAGGGCGAAGGUUUGUGCACUCCCUGCUCUAGGAAGUGCACAAGGUUGAAGGUGGACCAAAAGGAGGCAGGCAGCACUGAAAGGGAGCAUAUCCAGGAGAAUGGUUUCAGUGCACAGGCUCCCUCCCAUGACACACCCCAAUCUGACUGCCAGGAGCUGCAGGCAGGAGAGACUUCUUUAUCCUCUGACCUGUCCAUUGAGCUGAGCCUGCAUGAAGACACCAUUCCCAUGAUGUCUUCCUGGCUGCAGGAAGAAAAUGAAGAGCAGGAGGAAGAGGAGCUGCCCAGUAUCUUAUUACAGGAAGAGAAAAAGCCUUUAUCCGUCAAAGAAGGAGCCUAUGUCUGGUGCAAGUUCAAAAAAUUUCCUUACUGGCCAGCUGUUGUGAAAAGCGUGAAUCGCAAGCAGAAAAAAGCUAGCAUCUUUUUCAUUGAUGAUAUGCUUUUUGAUCAGAAGAGAUCUAAAAAAGGAUUCAGUGUGUCCUGGAAAACUCUUAAGCCUUUUGACUGUGAAGAGAAAAACAAGUUGAAGGCCACUGCUGGAGAAAAAUACGCCACUGCUAUCAAAUGGUGUUUAGACUUGAUUGAGGACUACAGAAUCCGUAUAGCAUGUGGCUCAUUCACUGGCACCUUCAUGCAGUACUUUGCUGAUGAUAUCAGUUGUCCAGUUCGGAGGAUGUUCCUUCAAGAUGCCUCUGACUUGGCCUUUCCCAGUAAACUUAUCAUGGAAGAGCACAGUGCCUUACUGGACAGUGAAAGUGAGGCCUGUAGUCCUGAAAAACAAAGUAGCCUUCCUUGCAGGAGGGUGCUCCCAGACCGCACCAGGGCUGCACGUAACAGAGCCAAUGAGAAACUUGUGCAGUUCAUUGUACAUCAACGUGGUGUAGAAGAACAUUUACAGGCCAUUAUCAGUGGUCAGGUGCCGUCCAAAUGGCUAAGAGAGUUAAUGAAAUCCAGAAGAGAAGUUGGAUUUUACAAGACUUACUUGGAGGAUGAAGAACAAGUACACCAGGUGUACAAAUACUUGGAAAAUGUGUAUAGAAAAGCAUCCAGGACUGUUGCAUGUCUCCCCAAAAUGAAUGAGGUUCGGUUAAUCCUGGACGUAUUGUUUCCUGAGGCAGUUGUCCAUGCCAUUGCUGGAGUUGACAAGAUAUCACUAAAAAAAGCAGAAGAUAAAUACCUUGAGGGACCUUUAUUUAGUAAAAGAGAAAGAGAUGAAUUUGACAUGAUCAUAGAACAGCAGACAAAGAGAGUCACUUAUUGCCCAGCAUCUUGAAGACAAAAGGCUAAAAGGUUCCCCUUGUUUUACCACUGUUAAAUUGCUUUGUUUU